AUGAAUCACCUGCGUCCACCCGAUGAACGUUUGGGUCGACCAGAGGUACAGUCGGACACAAGUGUUCAGCGACCACUCCUCGAAAGGUCGCCGCACCCAUAUCUCCGUCGGUCAAACACCUUGCAGCAGCACGAUCCGAAUAAAUUGACGCCUCCUGCUUCUCAGAAUGCCACGUCUACCGAAAGUGGAACAGAAGCCGACGAUGAGAAGGGCACCAUCCUACGUGGUCUACCAGCCCCUCCGGUUCGGACACACAAGGGCUUGAGAGGCUCUACGCCGCGAGGAUUGAGUCCAGCCGUCAGCCCGUUGCCUACACCACCUGCCACGAGAAAUGUCUCGUUCGCCGAGCUAGCAAGGGCGGGCGAUGCGAAAGAUGCAUUGGCAGAACAGCGUAAGCAAGAGGCCUAUCGGCAACGGAAGAAGGCAGAAAUCGUUCGCCGUGUGACAGAGACUGUACUCCUGGCAGUCAUCGUUGGCCUCGAAUGGCUCACCGCGAACCGGGUGGACCGGCAUUACGCAUCAGUGGUGUCGGUCACGUCGUUUCUUACCAUUCCCCCAUUGCUGUACGGCCUGUACCCGAUACUUCGAGCACUCCAGGAGCACCAAGCUGGGAGACCGCCCGUCGAAGCUCUGAGGCGCGGCUAUCACAUACCCUCGCGAUUUGAUCCUGGCCCAUUGUUGUACCCUGUCAUCCUGCCUUUCGCGAUCACACUUGUGUUGGCUGACCAAGAUGCCGGCUGUCCCAUAACAAGCAUCGUGUGUGGUUUGUCGUCCUUUCCGGACGCUCUCUUCGAUGUGCUAGGCACGCACUCCAGCACCUUCUACGUGCGCUGGAUCCUGACAGUUACACCUCUCUUGACAACAACAUCGGACUACUCCAAGAAUAUCACGAAGUCCAGCCUAAAGCAAGAGAUGGUCGUAUUGUUGUUUCCUCUACAUCGGUCACUGCGUCAAGCGUUGAGUUACCUCACCACGACAAGCUUGGAUCCAGCCGAGCUCGACCUCCUGUCUACAGGCUUGAUCCACCUCUUCCUUUUUGCGAGCUCUCCACAAGCACGAAUCCUGAAGUCCGUCCUAUGGAUCGGCGGACUGAGUGUAUUCGUCCUCUGCCGCCGCCUCAUGGAAUGGGAAGUCGAGCUGGCUAGAAUUCCUCGAUGGAAGUUCGCGAAAGUGCCGCACAAAAGCGCUAUUUCGCACCGUCUGACACGGGCAUUCUCCGCUUUCAUGUCAGAACCGGUCCCUACAUCAGAGAGCUCCGAUGACGAGAUUGAUCAGCGUGCGAAGCCACAGCCAAAGUCAUUACAGCGCGUCAGAACAUUAGUAGAUCCGGUUUCGGCCGUCAAAUCGGUCACGAAUGGCAUCAAGCCGCCCCAGCGAAGAGCCACAAUUUCUGACCUCGAUCCGAUGGCGAUGAAGGUUGAGCGACGGGCGCACAGGCAUCGACAGGUCCAGACUUUACCCUUCUUGGCUCUCACUCUGCAACAGGCUAAGAUCAGGAAGUACCUCUACGCAGCCAUUGUUUACGUCUUGGUCGUCCUGAUCAUCAUGGGACCUGUGCGCCACUAUGUUCAAGUCACUGCACUGAAUGGCAAUGAGCCUUUCUGCUGGGCAGCCGGGUACCUCUUUGGCAACAUACCAAUAUUCCGGGGAUGGGUAUACUGGCUCCGGCUCACAGAGUGGAUCGCCCUGCCUGAACGCAUGACAACCGACGACGGUUCGUUCGCCUCACUCACGGAAGCAAUCGUUCUCAUCUCCCAGCCAACAAACACACGACUUGCUCUAGCCGCAUAUUGCGUCCUGGUAGUCGGCACGAGCCUGAUCGUCGUAACAAACCUCGCACCGUAUGUCGAAGUCGAUACUCGUCGCAAAGUCUUCCACGGCGCCAUGUCCGCCAUGCUCCUCCCGACCAUCUUCGUCGACCCUUGCUUCUUCGCUUUGGCCCUGAUCAUCGUUCUGGCCGUUUUCCUGCUCCUCGACCUCUUCCGAGCUUCUCAGCUUCCACCUAUCUCUCGUCCUCUGACCACUUUUCUUGCCCCAUAUGCCGACGGUCGUGAUCAUCGCGGACCUGUCAUCGUCAGCCAUAUCUUUCUACUUGUCGGCUGCGCUAUCCCUCUAUGGCUGUCGCUGGCGGGUGUCGAGCGAACGGGUCAAGAUCCUUGGCAAGGCUGGGAGGUCGAGCAGCGAGAUAUCAGCAUGGUCGCUGGCGUAGUCUGCGUGGGCAUGGGCGAUGCUGCUGCAUCACUGAUCGGCCGUCGCUACGGGCGGACAAAGUGGUAUUGGGGUGGAGGCAAGAGUCUGGAAGGUAGCCUUGCUUUCGCGGUGGCUGUCGUCAUCGGGCUUUCCUUUGCCUGGCUUUGGCUGAGGCUUGGCGGAUGGGCUGACUGGACUGUGUCGACAUUUGAGAUGGGUACAGCGUUACUCAAGUGCACGGUCGCGGCCUGCGGCGCAAGUCUGCUCGAGAGCGUACUGACAGCGGCGAAUGAUAAUGUGGUUGUGCCGGUCGUGUUGUGGGUUUUGGUGAGGGCAUUGAGGAUAUGA